ACGCCCCUGACGUGUGAGGCUCAGGCUCAGAAAAGGGGUGAGCCGCCGGGGCCUGCGGGAGAGGGAGCUGGAGCCGAGACAGUGCACUCAUCAUCGUCGUCGUCGUCAUCGUCGUCUCAGGACCUGUGGAGGACCUGGCAUCAGAGCCCACAGCCAUGGGCGGGUACCUGAAGGUGAAGACGCUGGCCAAGGAGUUCCAAGUGCCCAUGAGGGACUCCAUGCUGUUGUCGGAACUGAAGCAGCUGAUCACCCAGAAGACCCAAGUGCCUGCCUUCCAGCAGCGCCUGCUGGUCCAGGGGAGCCAUGCAGUGCUGCAGGACGGGGUUCCCCUGGCCCACCAGGGCCUGCGCUCCGGCAGCGAGGUCGUGCUGGUGGUGCAGAGCUGCGACAAGCCUCUGAGCAUCCUGGUGAGGAACGACAGGGGCCAGACCCGAGCCUACGAGGUCCAGCUGACGCAGAAGGUGGCUGAUCUCAAGGAGCAGGUGGCUGACUGGGAGAGAGUGAACGUCGACCAGUUCUGGCUGAGUUUCCAGGGGCAGCCUCUGGAUGACGAGCAGCAGCUG